GAAAAUACACACAAACAUUCUUAUACUCCCACCUUACCCUGAACUAAAGAAAACAACAGAACAUUAGGGUUUAGCAUUAUUCUGCUGAGUUAGUGGUCUCUUUACGACGUUAUUUCAAAACACUGAAACAGUGACCUAAACAAUAAUUAAGCCUAAUAAAUAAGAGAGCAAACUAGAAUAAAGGAAAUAAGCUCACUUUAAAUAGGCAUAAUAAGAAUUGCUAAUAGCUGUUUAAUGCUUUCAUUUGGCUGUGGAAUGCAUGCACUUGACAACGAUACUGUAGCACUUGCUGCUCAAGUUCUCUGUAACACCCCCCACACUGAUUGUGAGUCUUUAUGUUUCACUAAAACACUAAAAUGAGAUGUUCCUCAACAUCCACUUACUACAUUGAUUUGCUCUAUAACAAAAUCACUGAGAUGGCUGAUGGCUCUAAACCCAAUGGUAAUUUGCCCUCAUGCCAUUUCCAGAGCUGUGAAACGGUGUUGGGACUCCCCGCUCUGAAUGCCGCACUGGACACGGGUGCUAUUGCCGAGGAUAAAUGAACCAGGAACACGAUGCAAGAAGACUGACAAGCUGGUGUUUAACCUCAGAACAUUCUAGAACCUUAAAACUUUGUUCCAGUAGACACAGGAUGAAUUAUUCAUCAUUACUUAGGAUUUGGGUCUCUUUUAUCUUCGCACUUGUACAGCACCAAGUUCAGCCCAGGGAGCUCAUGUAUCCGUUUUGGCAGAAUGACACCAAAACCCCCAAAGUAGACGAUGGAAGCUCAUCGGAGAUUAAGUUGGCCAUUCCCAUUUUCUUCUUCGGCGUUCCUUACCGCACGGUCUAUGUCAAUAACAACGGUGUUGUCUCCUUCAACGUGCUAGUGAGCCAGUUCACGCCGGAAUCCUUUCCCCUGACAGAUGGGAGGGCCUUCAUCGCUCCGUUCUGGGCAGAUGUGCACAAUGGAAUCCGAGGCGAGAUCUACUAUAGAGAGACCAUGGACCCUGUCAUCUUGAAGAGAGCCACUAAGGACAUCAGGAAGUACUUCAAAGACAUGGCAGCCUUCUCUGCCACUUGGGUCUUCAUUGUGACAUGGGAAGAGGUCACGUUUUAUGGAGGGAGCAGCACCACACCUGUGAACACCUUCCAGGCCGUCCUGGUGUCUGACGGCUCCUAUACAUUCACCCUCUUCAAUUACUAUGAAAUCAACUGGACCACUGGGACGGCAAGCGGCGGGGACCCCCUGACGGGCCUCGGGGGAGUCAUGGCGCAGGCAGGAUUUAACGGUGGAAACCUCACCAAUUACUUUAGCCUCCCUGGGUCAAGGACCCCUGAUAUUGUGAAUAUCCAGGAGACCACAAAUGUCAAUGUUCCAGGCCGAUGGGCAUUUAAAGUUGACGGGAAAGAAAUCGACCCAGCCAAUGGCUGCACCUCCAGAGGGCAGUUCCUUCGGCGAGGGGAGGUGUUUUGGGAUGACCUGAACUGUACCAUCAAGUGCCGCUGUCUGGAUUUCAACAAUGAGAUCUACUGCCAGGAGGCCUCUUGUAGUCCCUAUGAAGUGUGCGAACCCAAAGGCAAAUUCUUCUAUUGCAGCCCCGUGGAGACCAGUACUUGUGUGGUGUUUGGGGAGCCACACUAUCACACUUUCGAUGGCUUCCUCUUCCACUUCCAAGGCUCUUGUGCCUACCUGUUGGCCCGGCAGUGUUUGCAGACUUCCAGCCUCCCCUUCUUCAGUGUGGAGGCCAAGAAUGAACACCGGGGGGGCUCAGCUGUCUCCUGGGUGAAGGAGCUCUCUGUGGAGGUGAAUGGCUACAAGAUUCUCAUUCCCAAAGGAAGCUAUGGAAAAGUCAAGGUUAAUGAUCUAGUGACUUCUUUGCCUGUCACCUUAGACUUGGGGGCAGUGAAAGUCUACCAAAGUGGCAUGUCAACUGCCGUGGAAACAGAUUUUGGGCUCUUAGUGACGUUUGAUGGCCAGCACUACGCCUCCAUUUCCAUCCCAGGCUCCUAUAUAAACUCCACGUGUGGGCUCUGUGGGAACUACAAUAAAAACCCACUGGAUGAUUUCCUCCGCCCAGAUGGCAGGCCAGCCAUGUCAGUCUUGGAUCUAGGAGAGAGCUGGCGGGUCUACCACACGGAGUGGAAGUGUGACUCAGGCUGUGUUGACAACUGCACCCAAUGCGAUGCUGCCACCGAGGCCCUCUACUUUGGCUCCGACUACUGUGGCUUCCUCAAUAAGACGGACGGCCCCCUGUGGGAGUGUGGCACUGUCGUGGACCCCACGGCCUUUGUUCACAGCUGUGUAUAUGAUCUAUGCAGCGUGAGGGACAAUGGGACACUCCUCUGUCAAGCCAUCCAGGCCUAUGCCCUUGUGUGCCAAGCCCUUGGCAUUCCAAUUGGAGACUGGCGAUUCCAGACUGGGUGUGUUGGGANGUGCGUCCCGCUGCGCCAGUGCGGCUGCGACUUCGACGGGCGCUACUACGCGCUGGGCGAGUUCUUCUGGGCCACGGCCGACUGCUCGGUGCAGUGCGUGUGCGAGGAGGGCGGCGACGUGUACUGCUUCAACAGGACGUGCCGCGCGGACGAGGCGUGCGCGCUCGAGGCGGGCCACCGCGGCUGCUUCCCGCGCCGCGAGACCGUGUGCCUGGUGGGCCAGGACCAGGUGCUGCACACCUUCGACGGCGCCGCCUUCGCCUUCCCCGCCGAGCUGUCCUACACGCUGCUGCGGACCUGCCCCGCGCAGCCCGAGUACCUGGAGGUGGACAUCCACAAGCGGCGGCCGGGCGCGCCCGCCUGGCUGCGCGGCCUGCGCGUCCUGGUGGCCGACCAGGAGGUCAAGAUCGGCGGCGCGGCCGCCUCCGAGGUCAAGCUGAAUGGUCAGGAAGUGGAAUUACCUUUUUUCCAUCUCUCGGGGAAGUUGGAGAUUUAUCGAGACAAAAACAGCACAACGGUGGAGUCCAGGGGCAUUGUGAGUGUCCAGUAUGCAGACACAGGUCUGCUGCACAUCCGGCUCUCCACUAUAUACUUCAAUUGCACCGGGGGCUUGUGUGGCUUCUUCAACGCCAAUGCCAGUGACGAGUUCUGCCUCCCCAAUGGCAAGUGCACGGACAACCUGGCAGUGUUUCUGGAAAGCUGGACAACUUUCGAGGAGAUCUGCAAUGGGGAAUGUGGGGACCUGCUGAAGGCCUGCAACAAUGACUCAGAGCUGCUCAAAUUUUAUCGGAGCCGUUCCAGGUGUGGCAUCAUCAACGACCCCUCCAACAGCUCCUUCCUAGAGUGCCACGGGGUGGUCAACGUGACUGCCUACUACCGCACGUGCCUUUUUCGCCUGUGCCAGAGUGGAGGCAACGAGUCAGAACUCUGUGACUCUGUGGCUCGGUAUGCAAGUGCCUGCAAGAAUGCUGACGUGGAGGUGGGCCCCUGGAGGACCUACGACUUCUGCCCCCUGGACUGCCCGGAGAACAGCCAUUUUGAGGAGUGCAUGACCUGCACAGAGACCUGCGAGACCCUGGCCCUGGGCCCCAUCUGCGUGGACAGCUGCUCUGAGGGGUGUCAGUGCGACGAGGGCUACGCCCUGCAAGGUAGCCAGUGUGUCACCCGGAGCGAAUGCGGCUGCAACUUUGAGGGGCACCAGCUUGCCACCAAUGAGACCUUCUGGGUGGACCUGGACUGCCAGAUCUUCUGCUACUGCAACGGCACGGACAACAGCGUGCACUGCGAGACCGCGCCCUGCAGGGAGGACGAGUUCUGCCUGGAAGAGGGCGGCUUGUUCUACUGCCAGGCCCGCACGGACGCCUCCUGCAUCGUCUCGGGCUACGGGCACUACCUGACCUUCGACGGCUACCCCUUUGACUUCCAGACCAGCUGCCCGCUCGUUCUGUGCACCGCAGGAAGCAGGCCAGGCGCGGACGCCUUCCCCAAGUUCAUCGUCACGGCCAAGAAUGAGGACCGGGACCCGUCUCUGGCCUUGUGGGUGAAGCAGUUGGACGUGACCGUGUUUGGCUACAGCAUCGUGAUUCACAGGGCCUACAAGCACACUGUGCUGGUCAACAAUGAACGGCUGUAUCUACCUCUGAAAUUGGGACAAGGGAAGAUAAAUAUCUUUUCCUUUGGCUUCCAUGUGGUGGUGGAAACUGAUUUUGGCCUGAAGGUUGUGUAUGACUGGAAGACUUUCCUGUCAAUCACAGUCCCACGAAACAUGCAGAACAGCACCUACGGCUUGUGUGGCCGCUAUAACGGCAACCCUGACGAUGACCUGGAGAUGCCUAUGGGUCUGCUUGCAUCCAGCGUCAAUGAGUUUGGGCAGAGCUGGGUGAAGAGGGACACCUUCUGCCAGGUGGGCUGUGGGGACCGCUGCCCUUCCUGUGCCAAGGUGGAAGGUUUCUCAAAGGUUCAGCAGCUGUGCAGCCUAAUUCCCAACCAGAACGCUGGCUUCACCAAGUGUCACAGCAAAGUCAAUCCCACCUUCUUUUACAAGAACUGCCUGUUUGACUCUUGCAUUGAUGGGGGCGCGGUGCAGACUGCCUGCAGCUGGCUACAGAACUACGCCAGCACCUGCCAGACUCAGGGGAUUGCAGUGACUGGCUGGAGGAAUUACACGUCAUGCUCUGUCACCUGCCCUCCCAACAGCCAUUAUGAGAGCUGUGUGAGUGUCUGCCAGCCCCGCUGUGCUGCCAUCCGCCUGAAAAGUGACUGCAACCACUACUGUGUGGAGGGCUGUCAGUGCGACUCGGGCUAUGUCCUCAAUGGCAAGAGCUGCAUCCUGCCCCACAGCUGCGGCUGCUACUCAGAUGGCAAAUAUUACGAGCCCAAGCAGCUCUUCUGGAACAGCGACUGCACGCGGCGCUGCCGCUGCUUCCGCCGCAACCUGAUCCAGUGCGACCCGCGCCAGUGCAAGUCGGGCGAGGAGUGCGCGCUGCGCCACGGCGUGCGGGGCUGCUUCAGCACGCGCACCUCCUACUGCCUGGCGGCCGGCGGCGGCGUCUUCCGCACCUUCGACGGCGCCUUCCUGCGCUUCCCCGCCAACUGCGCCUUCGUGCUCUCCACCAUCUGCCAGAAGCUGCCCGACAUCUCCUUCCAGCUCAUCAUCAACUUCGACAAGUGGUCGGCGCCCAACCUCACCGUCAUCUCGCCCGUCUACUUCUACAUCAACGAGGAGCAGAUCCUCAUCAGCGACCGCAACACUGUCAAGGUGAAUGGCACACAAGUGAAUGUCCCAUUUAUAACUGGGUUGGCAACCAAAAUCUACAGCAGUGAGGGGUUCCUGGUGAUUGACACCAGCCCUGACAUCCAGAUAUACUACAAUGGCUUCAAUGUCAUAAAAAUCAGCAUCAGUGAGAGGCUGCAGAACAAAGUGUGUGGCCUCUGUGGCAACUUCAAUGGAGACUUAACUGAUGACUAUGUGACCUUGCGGGGAAAGCCAGUGGUGAGCAGUGUGGUGCUGGCCCAGAGCUGGAAAACCAACGGCAUGCAAAAGCGACUUCUUGCCCCCAGCUGCAACGAGCUGCAGUUCUCCCAGUACGCGGCCCUAUGUGAUAAUGUUCACAUCCAGAAGAUGCAGGGCGACGGCUACUGCCUGAAGCUCACGGACAUGAAGGGCUUCUUCCAGCCCUGCUACGGGCUGCUUGACCCCCUGCCCUUCUAUGAGUCCUGUUACCUGGACGGCUGCUAUAACCACAAGAAGUUCCAGCUGUGCGGCUCCCUGGCCGCCUACGGAGAGUCCUGCCGUUCCUUUGGGAUCCUCAGCACUGAGUGGAUUGAGAAGGAGAAUUGCUCAGGAGUGGUUGAAGAUCCCUGUGUGGGGGCAGACUGUCCCAACCGAACCUGUGAGCUGGACAAUGGAGGAGAGCUGUGUGGUUGCAUCGAGCCGCCCCCCUAUGGAAACAACUCACAUGACAUCAUUGACGCAGAGGUGACCUGCAAGGCGUCCCAGAUGGAAGUGUCCAUAUCUAAGUGCAAACUCUUCCAGCUUGGCUUUGAGAGAGAGGGUGUGAGGAUCAAUGACAGACAGUGCACUGGCAUCGAAGGGGAGGACUUUAUCUCCUUUCAGAUCAACAACACCAAAGGGAAUUGUGGAAACAUUGUACAGUCUAAUGGCACUCAUAUCAUGUAUAAGAACACAAUCUGGAUAGAAAGUGCCAACAACACUGGCAACAUCAUCACCAGGGACAGGACAAUCAAUGUGGAGUUUUCAUGUGCUUACGAGCUGGAUAUCAAGAUCUCCUUAGACUCUGUUGUGAAGCCCAUGCUAAGUGUCAUUAACCUGACAGUUCCAACCCAAGAAGGCAGCUUCACCACCAAGAUGGCGCUCUAUAAGAAUGCCUCCUACAAGCAUCCCUAUCGCCAGGGCGAAGUGGUGUUGACAACGCGAGAUGUGCUGUAUGUUGGGGUCUUUGUGGUUGGAGCUGAUGCCACACAUUUGAUCCUGACACUGAACAAAUGUUAUGCCACACCCUCCCGCGACAGCAAUGACAAACUCCGGUACUUCAUCAUUGAGGAAGGGUGUCAGAACAUUAAAGACAACACCAUUGGCAUCGAGGAGAACGGCGUCUCCCUGACCUGCCGCUUCCACGUCACCGUCUUCAAGUUCAUCGGGGACUACGACGAGGUCCACCUUCACUGCGCAGUGUCACUCUGUGAUUCAGAAAAGUACUCCUGUAAAAUAAAUUGCCCACAAAAUUCCAGGAUUGCCACAGAUUAUACCAAAGAACCUAAAGAACAGAUCAUUUCAGUGGGACCUAUUAGGAGAAAAAGGCUGGACUGGUGUGAGGACAACGGAGGGUGCGAGCAGAUCUGUACCAGCCGGGUGGAGGGGCCUCUGUGCAGCUGUGUGACAGGCGCCCUGCAGGAGGACGGCAAGAGCUGCAGAGCCUCUAACUCUUCCACUGAACGUCAAAUCUGGACGCUGCUUCUCAUCGUGACCCAGAUUUCACUGUGGCAUUUUGUGUAUAAAUCAGUCACGACCUCAUAAUUAACUCAAGGUUGCUAUAUGAAGUACUGUAAUUUACUUUUUUCAAUUCCCUGUAGGAUAAAAGGUGUGUGCCCUUAAGUCAAAACCUAUUCGAAAGUGUCCAGAAUCUCAACACAAUGCCACCUGCCUCAAGUGGUUAGAGAUCUGGAGAUGAGUGAAAUUCCAAGCUCCUCUUUCAAAGCACACAAUGGGGCUUCUAAAGCCAGUUGUGGAAAGCAUGUAUCUUGCCUAAAAGUUUCAAACAGUUGUCACUAGAAACUGAUUCACGUAAAUAACCAGUGAAGGAAGAAAUUCUGGUUAGAAACGUCUGACUGGAAUCUGAGCAGAGAGUCUGUCCAGCCAGCGCUGUUUCCGGAUCAUAGCUUUUACAAAGAGGGGCCUGUGGAACAUGUGGAGCAGCAGUGACUGGGAGGCUCGACUCCCUCUGAAGAAUCUUUCUGAAGUUUGCAAGUGUCUGGUCUAUGAUAUGCAUGUGUUGCUCCUUUUCUUUAUGAUGAACCCCUUCCCUACCCUCGUGUCCUUCAACCUUGCCAUGGCAGCUUGGUCACUGGGUAUACUGUUUGCAGACCUUGAGAACUCCAUCCCCUAUCCCAUCCCCUCAGACCCAAUUCCUUCUCUUUUUUAAAUCAACCAAAUAAUUUUUAAUGUGUUUUAUGCUUAAAUAAACUUUGUGUUCAGUA